GCUCUGCGAUCGCCUCCCGUCCUCCUCCUCCUCGCCCAUGGCCUCCCCUACCAUGUCAAUCGCCGCCGGCCGAUGGUCUCGCGUUCUCCUGGAGUCUGCCCCGGUCCACAACCUAUGGAGACCCGCCGCGUUCGCCUUGAACGUCCCCGGCCUGCUGUCGGGGGUUUGGGACUCCGUCCUGCGCGCUGUGCCCAAGAAGAAAACCUCGCACAUGAAGAAACGUCACAGGCAAAUGGCUGGCAAGGCUUUGAAGGACGUGAAAAACCUCAGCACCUGCCCGGGAUGUGGUCAAAUCAAGCGCGCGCAUGUUCUAUGUCCACACUGCGUUGAAAAUAUCAAAAAGCAAUGGAAGAAUACCCAAACAGCAUAAUGAAUUAUCAAGGAAGAAAAAAAAAAGUUGAAACCCAAGGAACUACUAGGUGGAGCAGGAACAUAGAAGAUGAACUGAUGGGUCCAGUGUUGCAACUCGAGGCUGUAUUUGUACCGUGAUUUUUGAUAUAUGCUUUUCUCUUGGGAUAUAUAUGAGGUGUAGGAUAAAUGCUGCAUGGCAAUUGGCGUCUGGGUAUCUGAUGGUGAACGAAUUCGGGUUUCGCUGUAUAUUUGUUAGAAGCCACUUUGAAUGGCCGAUCAUUCACUCUAUCACUUGCAAACUGAU